GACGGAUUGAUUAUGGGACGGAAUGUCUAGAAAUCUCUCUAGUCAGGUGCUCUACCAACUGAGCUAUCUGGCCACCGGCGGUCGAACCCGGCUGACCGCUACAUUCCUCCCACCAAUCUCCCCUCUCAGUCAUGAUAGCUAGAACCGAUUCAUUUCUUUCGGUAUUUAGUUUCACCAUAAUUACUUCCUGUUUAUGUUGACAUGGAUGUUCACGCGGCCUCAGCCCGGCGCGGCAUAGUUCAAAGUCCGCUGUUAAACGAAGGAUGCAGGCAUAUGAUUUGAAAGUUUUACUUUAACCACGGUUUUACAGGAUAUUCAGUAUAGAAACUCAUCUGCAAUGUCGAUGAAGGGGUCAAGAAAGAAAGCAGUGGUGAAUUGGAACUGUGAAAUGGUGAGGCAGUGGCUUGUCAGUGAAGGUUUUCCGCAGUAUGCCAAAACUUUCUGUGAUACCCAUAAAAUAGAUGGCCAAGUCCUGCUGUCUUUAACAGAGAAUGACCUGAAGCAACCUCCAUUACAGCUCUCUGUUCUCGGUGAUAUCAAACGACUGAUGUUUCAUAUUGAUGCUCUGCGCAGUAAUAUUCGUAGUUCAGAAAUUCAACAGUCUUGCAAUGCUGAUAAUUCAAAUGAAGAUGAACUAUUCACAGGAACUUUGGACUUUAUAACUCGUAAAAUAAACAUUCAGCACUCUCAUAAUUUAGAUUCUGAGAUCUGGAAAACCGUUCUCAGUUUUAUAUAUGUAUUUACUGUUUUUUUGGUCACUGCCUUUGUGAUGGUGAUUGUCCACGAACGAGUGCCAGACGUGGAGAAAUAUCCCCCGCUUCCUGAUAUAUUUCUUGAUAAUGUGCCAUUCAUACCAUGGGCAUUUCAUGCUACAGAAUUAAUUGGAAUGAGUUUAGGUGCCAUAUGGUUUUCAAUCCUCUUCUUUCAUAAACACAGGUUCAUCCUGAUGAGAAGAAUGUUUUCAUUGUUGGGAACUCUUUUUCUCCUGCGCAGUGUCUGCAUGCUCAUAACUUCUCUUUCUGUGCCAAGUAAACAUUUAGAUUGUGAGAAAAAGUCAUAUGGAGACAUGUGGGCUAAGUUGGGGAGGGCAUUUGAGAUCUGGUCUGGCCUUGGGAUGACCGCUACAGGGGUCAGGACCUGUGGGGAUUACAUGUUCAGUGGACACACAGUUAUCCUCACCAUUCUAAACUUUUUCAUCACUGAAUACACACCAAGAAAGUUAUACUACUUGCAUACCUGCAGCUGGAUGGCCAACAUGUUUGGAGUUUUCUUGAUUCUCGCGGCACAUGAGCACUAUUCGAUUGAUGUGUUUGUGGCCUUCUAUCUCACCUCACGAUUGUUCUUAUAUUACCACACACUGGCAAACAAUCGCUCAUUGAUGGAUCGGGACAAAGGACGAAGACGAUUUUGGUUUCCCCUUUUUUCUUUCUUUGAGUCUAGAUGUAAUGGGGUAGUUCCUAAUGAAUUUGAAUGGCCAAUCCCUAAACUUAUAGAAAGUGUUAGGAGCUCUUUUGGAAAUGUAACAUCCCGGAAACCCAAGAAGAGUUGAUAUAAUGGAAUUCUAAAUCUUUUGCUACUCGGCUAUUAUGGUUGGGUUCGUGAAUCUUUUUGAUAUGUGUAUACACAUAUAAUACACAUAUAAAUAUGUUACAUAAUGUGUGAUAGUAAUAACCUGUAUAUUUACUCUUCAUUGUGGAGCAUGAUUAAAUGUAUUUGGUUAAGAAUACAUAUGUUCUGCGCGAGAACAAAUAUGUUGACCAUAUUAUCCCUUCAACAAUAAUGUUACUAUAUGAUGGUGUAUAUUUUAUUGUGUGUUGUAUACUUGAGUACAAUGUUUGUUUCUUAAGUGCCAAAUAUUUUAUAAUCAUCAUAUUUAUUGUGACUUUUACUUCUUGUAAAGAUCAGCAUAAUGCAUGUACCUGUUGAAUUACAUGCUUGUGUGGCAUUAACCUCUGUAAAACCUAUUUGCAACUGUGAAAGGCAGGGAUUUUAAAUAGUCCACUAUUGUGCUUUUAUCAUACUGAUUUUGAUUGUUACAUUUUGUGGUAUUUUCUAUCAAAAUAAAUACAUGUAUUUACAAACUGAAAA